UAGCGCGCAGCCCGGCCUCGCUCGCCCCUGCGCUCCGCGUUUCCACCCUCUGCGUGGCUCCCGAGGGUGCCCCCCCCGGGUGACAUUCGAUCCCGGGGACCCCCACACCCCGGUCCGUGCCUUCCAGGGGGAGCGGGCUAUGGUGAUUGCCCCAGCCGGGGCCGGCCCGCUGGAGCAGCACAGCCCCGGUGGCCAGCGGGGACUAUGAACGCCAAAGCGCGGCGCUGCCUUGGCCACCUCUUUCUCAGCCUGGGCAUGGUCUACCUCCGGAUCGGUGGCUUCUCCGUGGUGGCUCUCGGCGCGAGCAUCAUCUGUAACAAGAUCCCAGGCCUGGCUCCCAGACAGCGGGCGAUCUGCCAGAGCCGGCCCGACGCCAUAAUCGUCAUAGGAGAAGGUUCCCAAAUGGGGCUAGACGAGUGUCAGUUUCAGUUCCGCAAUGGCCGCUGGAACUGCUCAGCAUUGGGGGAGCGCACAGUCUUUGGGAAGGAGCUCAAAGUGGGGAGCCGGGAGGCUGCCUUUACCUAUGCCAUCAUCGCCGCAGGAGUGGCCCACGCCAUCACCGCUGCCUGCACACAGGGGAACCUGAGCGACUGCGGCUGCGACAAGGAGAAGCAAGGCCAGUACCACCGGGACGAGGGCUGGAAGUGGGGUGGCUGCUCGGCCGACAUCCGCUACGGCAUCGGCUUCGCCAAGGUCUUUGUGGAUGCCCGGGAGAUCAAGCAGAAUGCCCGCACGCUCAUGAACUUGCACAAUAACGAGGCGGGCCGGAAGAUCCUGGAGGAGAACAUGAAGCUGGAGUGCAAGUGCCAUGGCGUGUCGGGCUCGUGCACCACCAAGACAUGUUGGACCACACUGCCACAGUUCCGGGAGCUGGGCUACGUUCUCAAGGACAAGUACAAUGAGGCUGUGCAUGUGGAACCUGUGCGUGCCAGCCGCAAUAAGAGGCCCACCUUCCUGAAGAUCAAGAAGCCCCUGUCCUACCGCAAGCCCAUGGACACAGACCUGGUAUACAUAGAGAAGUCACCCAACUACUGUGAGGAAGACCCGGUGACUGGCAGCGUGGGCACGCAGGGCCGUGCGUGCAACAAGACGGCACCCCAGGCCAGUGGCUGUGAUCUCAUGUGCUGCGGCAGGGGCUACAACACUCACCAGUAUGCCCGCGUUUGGCAGUGCAACUGCAAAUUCCACUGGUGCUGCUAUGUCAAAUGCAACACAUGCAGCGAGCACACAGAGGUAUACACGUGCAAGUGAGCUUGCAGUCACACACCUGCAAGGGAGCACAGCCAGGGGCGUGUGUGUGCAAGCGAGGGCACUGGUGCGCG